GAAAAUGUUUGUUGUAAUGUUUUGUAAUAUAUUUUAUUACGUUUUUUUUAUUUUAAUUUGAAUUUACCGCGGGUUGUAAAGAGCAAUAACUCUGUCCAUAACAGCAGGCGUGUUUACAUUUCCGGUUGAAAAUAGAUUGAAAGUGAAAGUCACAGUAAAGUUGUAAAUUGGAAAUGUAGGGAGUUCAAGCACUAAACAUGAGCCAAACUUCCACAGCAACAUCGAUAAGUAUACCAUCAGAAAUUGUUCUUUAUCAAGAUGAUGAAUUUUUAGAAGAUAUAGAGCGUGUGGAUGAAUUAUAUUUCUCUAAACUUGUUGCUCCAAAAUCUAACGUGCGCGACAGACAGUUUUGUGAUCUGUCAAGUGACAGUGAGACAGAUACGAGUGAUUUUGGUGAUGUAAAUUAUGAUUCUGACUCUGAAAGUGACAAUGACAACUAUGAUGGGGAUGUAUAUAUACCGAAUGAAGUCAAUGACACCGACACGAAGGAAUACAUAAUCCGUUCCAAAUUUCAGAAUGACACUUGCGGGUGUAAGGAGUUUUAUGGAAUGCCAUGUAGCACGAAAAUUGACUUUGAUGCAGCAUGUGAGUUCCGUGAUCAUUGUCUACAGUGUACUCGGGAGGAACUUGACACUUUACUUAAAGUUGAAAUGUUUGCACAUAGGCGAUCUGGUUCUGUCACACAGUCCAAGAAACACAGAGAAAAAGAACGAGAAAGACCAUUUCAGGAGUACUACUUCAAUGGAUGCAGAGUGUGUCGUACAACAUUUUGUUUUGUACAUGCUGUUGAAAGAAAAAAAACUCCAUAAAGCUGCCAGAUCUCUGGAUACAGUAGGGUUUUUACCCAGAACGCAUGGAAACUGUGGUAAGGCUCCGCAUAAUAGCUUAACAGUGACAGACAGGGACCAUAUCAAAACAUUUCUUACGAAGUAUGCAAGUGACCAUGCCCUGCCUCUACCAGGCCGACUGCCAAAUUACAAAUCUGAGAAAGUGCUUCUACUUCCGUCGGAUACGACAGCUGCUGACAUUCAUGCUAAGUAUGAGAUUCUAGCUGAAGAAAUGAACUUCAGAAAAAUACACUUAAGGACAUUUCAAAGAACUUGGCAUGAGUUGUGUCCAUUCAUUACAAUCAUGAAGCCAUGCACUGAUCUGUGUCAGCUUUGUCAGAAUUUCUCUCAUCAACUGUCGACAGUUUCUAAUAUGAAUGAUGAGGAAAAGGAAGAAAUCCUUUCUACUUAUACGCAGCACGUUUCCCAAGCUAAACAGCAAAGAGACUACUACAGACACCAGUGUACCACCAGCAAGGAAGUGUUCAUUUCCUUACCAGAGGAAUGUAAACAAACUGGAAAUGCUCCAUGCACAGUUGAUGUGCAAAUGCACUAUUCCUGGGACUAUGCACAACAAGUGCAUUUUCCACAUCAUGCCCAACAAGUGGGACCAAUAUUUUUUAAGACGCCCCGGAAAUGCAAUGUGUUUGGUAUAUGUUGUGAGGGUUCAGGAAAACGAGUGUUCUACUUGACUGACGAGGCUGAGAACACAGGAAAGGGUGCUAAUUCUGUCAUUAGUAUGAACUCCAUGUUAUUGUGGAAUAUUCUUAUGAUGGUGGCAGGACACACUAAAUUGACUGACUGGCAUUUUGGAGUCUGGAAAAAUCAGAAUAUCCUUCCCUCCUUAGAUGAUCCUCUGCCUCAAGAAAUCCCAGCACCCGGUCUUGAGCCCAAGAAGCAAUGGUACCUAUAUGAGGAAAUCUGUGAACAUUGUCUAUCACUCUCCGCUAAAGACACAUCCUGUCCAAAACCAGUCGUACCAAAGAAAGAGGUGAAAGUUUAUUCUCCUGAUCAUUCCACAUCACACUUGAGGAAAAGGAAGAAUCUUCUCCUUAGAUGA